UCCCGGCUCGCAGAGCCCGAGCCUGUGCGCGGAGCCGGAGGCCGGGACGCCAAGGCCGCUGGAGGGGCGAGGCCAGGCGGGGGGCGCCGGCCCCGCGUAGAUCUCGGGCGGCGGGUGCGCCACCGGCCGGAGCGCGGCGGCUCAGGCAGUGACCGAGAGUGUGGCGCCGCCGGCGGCGCGCGGAGGAUGCAGGCCAUGGACCCGGCUGCGGCGGAUUUCUACGAGGAGGACGGCAAAGACUUAGACUUCUACGACUUCGAGCCGCUCCCCACUCUGCCGGAGGACGAGGAGAACGUAUCCCUGGCCGACAUCCUCUCCCUGCGGGACCGCGGCCUCAGCGAGCAGGAGGCCUGGGCCGUGUGCCUGGAGUGCAGCCGGUCCAUGAGGAGCGUCGCCCACUCGGCCCUCUUCCAGACCCUGUGCAUCACGCCCGACACCCUGGCCUUCAACACCAGCGGCAACGUGUGCUUCAUGGAGCAACUCAGCGACGACCCCGAGGGAGCCUUUGUCCCCCCGGAGUUCGACGUGACUGGGAACACCUUUGAGGCUCACAUCUACUCCCUGGGGGCCACGCUGAAGGCAGCCCUCGACUAUGUGACAGAGCCCGAGCCCCAGCCCAGGCUGAGCCGGGAGCUGGAAGCGCUGCUGGGCCAGAUGCAGGCCGAGGACCCCGGGGACAGGCCCGACCUGCAGAACAUCAUCGCGCUGUGCGAGGAGAAGAUGCAGCUCGCGUCCUCCUGCCGCCUGUGCCAGAGCCUCUCGGCCGCCGGGAGGAGGGUGCUUUCCAUCGAGUCCUUCGCGGCGUUUCAAGAUGUCAGUGAGAUCACCUGGAGGGAGAGACUGGCUGCAAAAAGCGUGGGGCCCAAGAGGCAGGCAGGGGACCGCUCCGCGGACCCAGCGGCCCUGCCUGCCCUGGAGAGCCGGCCCCCGAGCCCUGCCGGAGAAGGCCUGGAGCACCCGGGGACCCCGCCCUCCAAGGCUCUGCUGUCAGCCCCUGUGAAAAACGGAGAAAGCCCGGGCCAGGAGGGGCUGGUUCCCGAGAGGCUGGCCUGCCUCCUCCUGGACGCCCAGCGGCCCCUGGGGGACCCGGACAGAGGCUUCCUGGAGAGGAGCUGCCUGAGGAAGGUGCAGACGCUGCCCCGGCUGCCGCCCUGCGGCCCCGAGGCCGGCGCCCUCUGCCUGUCGCUGACCAGCACGAAAACCCAGCCGCCGGCCCCAGAAUUCUUCCCUCCAGACCCCAGGAAGCCCUUUCCGGAGGGGAAAAAUGGCCUUACCAGCUUCCAGGCACAGCCCGAAUCCAGUCUGUGGCCGGAGCGAGACGCCGAGCUCCGGCGCGGCGGGGACAGGGGGGCGCGUGGCCGGGGCCCCGCGGAGGAAAGCCCCCCGCCCGGUUCCAAGGGCCCUCGCGAUGCCGGCAGAGACCCAGGGGCUCCCGAGCCUGAUGACGGGACUGCGGACAGAGCCGGGGAGCCGGGCGGAGCAGCCCUGGAGCAGGGCGUCUCCCUGCAGGACCUCCUGUCUAAGCUGGGCCGGCCCUUCAAGGAGUACGAGCUCUGGGCUCUGUCCCACGCCUGCCUCAGCACCCUGCGGACGCACGGCCAGCACCCAGCCUACCUGUGUCUGGACUCCGUGCUGGUGGCCGAGGAUGGAGCUGUGCUUUUCGGGCCACCUCCUGCCAGCGGUGCUUACAACUCGUUCUUUCUGGCUCCCGAGGUCGCAGAGCAAAAGCUGAUGACUGAAAAGGCGUCUGUGUACUGCGUGGCCGCGGUCCUGUGGACAGCAGCCAAGUUCAGCGUCCCCCGAGACCACAAGCUGGCCCUGCCACGCAGGCUCAAGACCCUCCUCCUGCACAUGGCCAGACGCAGCGCCCAGGAGCGGCCAUCCGCGGCCGAGGCCAUCGAGACCUGCAGCGGUUACCUCCUGCACAGAGGCAUGGACAGCAGAAAGAUCCUAGCCCACCUGAGGGCAUUGACCUGCACGGUUUGCCAGGAGGAAGAGACCAUCGGUCUGCAAAACGCGUUCUCGGUGGUUGAACUGAGCCCCAGCACAGCAGCUGCGCCCAGGCCCGGCUCAGGCUUCAUGCAGAUCAGCAGUGACAGCAGGCUGGUGGCCGUGCAGGGGCUGGUGCCCGGUCAACCCUCCUGCCUCCAAGGGGCCACGUUGCUGCCAGAGGCGUUCUCCUCCCCGGCCACUCACUUCAGGCCCAUCGUCCUCGCUGCCAAUGCCAGUGUCGCCAGGGACACGCUCGCCCUGACCUCGGGGCUGGCUGAGAGGCCUGAGGAGAGGAGAGGCCGGCUGGCUGGGGAGGGUGAUGGGAAGCGGGCUUCCGAGGCCCAUGGAGCGGCCACCGACCUGAAGACGCCCAGCCAGCCAGCACCCGGUUCCCCAGAGCCCCCCAGAGAGUCAGCGCCAAGAGACUCAGCCCAGGGCUGCCCCAGCCCCCCAGCCCCUGCCCCGGCCAGCCCGCUGGAAGGGGCUUCACUGGUGAUGCCCAAAUCUCCGGCCCCGGCCCCGCCCAUGACAACACAGAUGCCACCCCCGGAGCGAGGGCCGAAGGAACCCAUCCCAACUGCAGCUGCUUGUGGAGGCCUCGGGCCCCGCCCCCCCGGGCCCACCGCAGCCCCCCACAGUCCUUGCCACCCAGCCAAGCCGCCCAGGAGCAGGGCCACCCAGGGCCCAGGCCAGGAGCCCGAGGGCCCCCCGUCAGCCACAGGGAGUCCCGACGGCCCCGGGGGAGCCCCUGUCAGGGAGUGGGGUGACCGGGCCCCAGAAGGUCACCCGGAGUGGCCGUGCCCAGCGGACCACAAGCUCUGUCCGUCCAGCGUGGACGCCUCGCCCCUCCCACAGGGGACAGCCUGCCCAUCGCUGCAGGAGGCCACACGCCUCAUCCAGGAAGAGUUUGCCUUUGACGGCUACCUGGACCACGGCCUGGAGGCUCUGAUCAUGGGGGAGUAUAUUUACGCCUUGAAAGACCUCACCUAUGCCACUUUCUGUGGGGCCAUAUCGGAGAAGUUCUGUGACCUCUACUGGGGGGAGAGAUUGCUGCAGAGUCUUUUCAGAGUGGUGAACGGGAGGACGUCGCCCUCCGAGAACACUUCCGAGGAGGCUGGGUCACAGCCCGAGGGCGGCGGUGGGACCAGCGCUCCGAGCACCUGCUCACCGUCCGGCAAAAGGCCCUCACAUCUUGGAGCGGGGAAGGAGAAGCCGGGCGUGGACUCAGACGAGCUCUCACGAAGCAACUUUGAGGUGGGGUUUCGGCCUCAGAAGUCGGUAAAAGCUGGGAGAGAGCAGCAGCCCCAGGCAGGAGAGGCCCGGCAGCAGGGCGGGGGCCUGGCUGGGGGCUCUGAGGCAGCGGCCCGGCUAGCCCGGCCCCUGGAGGGCGGCCCGUCCGUGAGCGCAGGCCCAGGAGGCUUGCAGAGCUGCAGCCCCGGCUGGUGCAGCGCCUUCUACGAGGCCGACUGCUUCAGCGCCGACGUGCACCGCUACGUGAAGGAGCUGGCGAGGCAGAAGGCCGCCGGGUGCGCCGCCGCCAACGCCCAGGGCCCGGCGUGUCUCCUGGAACCUGAGUACAUGCAGGAGCUGGAGCAGCAGCUCAUGAUAGAGAAGAGAAACUUCCGGAAAACCCUCAAGUUCUACCAGAAGCUCUUACAGAAGGAGAAGUGGAACAAAGGCUCCGAGGUGAAGACCAUGUUGUCCAAACUGAAAGGGCAGCUGGAAGAGAUGCGGUCCAAGGUGCAGUUCCUCGGGCUGGUCAAGAAGUACCUACAGGUCAUGUACGCGGAGCGGUGGGGCCUGGAGCCCUGCGCCCUGCCCGUGCUCGUGAACAUCGCGUCCGCCCACUGCGACACGCUGGACUUCAGCCCCCUGGACGAGUCCUCUUCCCUCAUCUUCUACAACGCCAGCAAGCACCCGCGUGACGGCCGGCAGAGGAAGGCCCGCGUCCUGCAGGCCGGCACGCCGCUGGGGCUCAUGGCCUACCUCUACUCCAGCGACGCCUUCCUGGAAGGCUACGUGCAGCAGUUCCUGUACACCUUCCGGUACUUCUGCAGCCCCCACGACUUCCUGCACUUCCUGCUGGACCGUAUCAGCAGCACCUUGUCCAGGGCCCACCAGGAUCCCACCUCCACCUCCUCCAAGAUCUACAGGCGCAGCUUCUGCCUCCUGCAGGCCUGGCUGGAGGACUGCUAUGCCGUGGACUUCAGGAGGGACGCAGGGCUCCUGGGGAGGCUCCAGGACUACCUCGCCUCCCAGAUCCUGCCCCUGGACGGCUCCGCAGAGCCCCUGCUGGGCCUCCUGGAGGUGGGCACCGAGCGGCGGGCUGAGGGCGCCCCACGCAGCACAGACCUGCAGGACCCCAAGGACGCGGAGGACGCCGCCAGGCCCCUCAACGCCCUGUGGAAGAGGCUCUCGGAGGACGGCGUCUCCCGGAAGAGCUUCCCCUGGCGGCUGUCCCGGGGCAACGGGCUGGCGCUGCCCCACCACAAGGGGCGCCAGUACAGCAUCGCAUCCGCCCUGCCCAAGCCCUGCUUCUUCGAGGACUUCUACGGCCCCUACGCCAGGGCCGGCGAGAAGGGGCCCUGCUUCCUGACCGAGUACAGCACCCACCAGCUCUUCAGCCAGCUGACGCUGUUGCAGCAGGAGUUGUUUCAAAAGUGCCACCCCGUCCACUUCUUAAACUCUCGGGCCCUGGGCGUCACGGACAAAAGUGUGGCCGUCCCCAAAGCCAGCUCCUCCGAGUCUCUGUCGGCCAAAACUUGCAGCUUAUUUCUGCCCAGUUACGUCCAGGACAAGUACCUGUUACAGCUUUUAAGAAGCGCAGACGACGUCAGCACCUGGGUGGCCGCCGAAAUCGUGACCAGCCACACCUCCAAGCUGCGGGUGAACCUGCUCUCCAAAUUUCUGCUGAUUGCGAAGUCUUGCUACGAGCAGAGGAACUUCGCGACAGCUAUGCAGAUCCUGGGCGGCCUGGAGCACCCGGCCGUGCGACAGUCCCCCGCCUGGAGAAUUCUACCUGCAAAGAUAGCAGAGGUCAUGGAGGAGCUGAAAGCCGUGGAGGUCUUUCUGAAGAGCGACAGCCUGUGUCUGAUGGAAGGACGGCGCUUCAGGGCCCAGCCCACCCUGCCCUCAGCCCACCUCCUGGCCAUGCACAUCCAGCAGCUGGAGACAGGGGGCUUCACCAUGACCAACGGGGCCCACAGGUGGAGCAAGCUCAGAAACAUCGCCAAAGUGGCGAGCCAGGUCCACGCGUUCCAGGAGAACCCCUACACGUUCGCCCCCGACCCCAAGCUGCAGUCCCACCUCAAGCAGAGAAUCGCCCGAUUCAGCGGGGCCGACAUCUCCAUUCUGGCUGAGGACAGCAGGGCUGGCUCCCACCAGGUGGCCAGCGAGAAGCACUCCAAGAAGAUUCAGGACAAGCUGCGGAGAAUGAAAGCCACGUUCCAAUAGCGCAGGACAGCGGGUCUGGGUGUGGAGUCCACACCGAGGACAGGCCUGGGGUGGAAGGGGCCGUGCCUGCUGUGUCAGACAGGGACCCCCACGGCCCAGGAGGGGCACCGGGGCGGGAGCACGGGCUCAGACCCAGACCCGAGAGAGACGGCGCCAGGAGAGGCUGAGGGGGGUUUCUAGGAGAAUUUUAAAAUUAAAUUUAAAGAUUAAAAAUUUAAACCAAAAUACGGUAAGUAAGCUCCCCAGGAGCCGAAUACCCAUUUCUAUUUCUCAAAGAUAAACAGCUUUCACCCAAUUGUCUGGCCAUUCAGCCCCCAGAAACCCCCCACCACAGCACCCAGCUCAGGCUUUAAACCCAGGUGCCCACUGAGCAGUGUUCCCGCGACUCUGGUCUAUGUCUGCCCAAAAACGAAGGGCCAAGACUGACCUCUGACCCCCCUGCCAACCACAGAUUCCAGGGGGUUCUGAAACCCUCCCUUUGGGCCCGAGGCUUCCCGGGGGGCCCAAGCCCCACCCUGGGCUCACAGUUCCUCCCUGCCGGGCCUCCCCCUCCUACAGCCCCAACCCCUGGCUGCUCACCCAGUCGCAGGUGCAGGUGCCAGAGCCUCGCAGCCCUUCCCGCCAAGAGGCCCGGCCUCGCCUCCGUCCCAGCCCGGCCUCCUGCUGCCGGCGAGUGCCUCAUGGCUCCACACUGGCAGCCCCCAAGUGCCCCGUGGCCCCUGUGCCCACCGCCCCACCACUGAGAGCACUUCCUGGUGGGGCAGGCACACCUGGGCCGAGGCUCUGCUUCCAAAGCAUGCAGGUGUCAGACAGCAGCUCCAAAGCAGAGACACAGCCUCCCUCUGCCCUACCUGGGGGCCUGGGGGCUGUAGGGCCAUGGCCGGGUCCCCCCCUUCUUCAGCAGCCAUGCAUGUGAUUCACACACCCACGCCUAGCUCCCGAGGCUGGCUGUCACCAGCGCGUUCUGACGAGGAAACGAGGUCUGCGGCCUCAGUGGUACCAAGCUCUUCCCCAGGGCUGUUUCCAAACCGCGCUCGGCCAGGGGCAUGGGACCAGGACAGCACGUCACACCUCCACAGCAGGGAGGCCAGAGCCCUGGCACCAUCCCAGGCACCAACGUUUUUACGUUGCAAAUCGCUGCAAGACCCAAGACUGUUCUUUUAAGUUUUAGAAUUAGUGAUUCUUUAGCGCAGCUGCUCGUGGUAUUUCUAGGAAAACCAUUACCUGUGAUAAAACACUGAAUUUCUACUGUCAAGAUGUGUUUUCCCACAUAUAUUCAUUCGCGACAUCUACGUCCCGCUUUCGUGGAACAUGAGAGGCACUGCUGGCCCUGCAAACGUGGCUUUUAUAUGAGAAUUUGGUUCUGCAGAUCAACUCCUACAUUUUCAGGAUUUGAAUUCAACAAAGAUAGCGCCACAAAGCCUGAAAUGAAGUUAGCACCCAGCGCAAAUAAACAUUCCAACUGUAACGGUUUAUCUGGGGGAGCGGCCAGGCUUCGGCUCCAGCACGACUGUCUGCAUGUCGCCCUCACGUGCGGUUUAGGUUUCUAAA